AUGGAUAACAACAAAUUUUUCACUACAUCAAGGAACGCAACAAACAGUUCAAAUGCUACCGGUAUUCCGCCUAUGCCCCAACCUCCUGCCCGAUCGUAUCAAGUUGAUAUCGCCUUUGUUGUCGUCUUUUGCAUCCUCGCUUUCAUGAUGGUAUUUGCAAACUCACUUGUGAUUGGUGCAUUUCGUGUCAACAGACGACUUUGCACAACAAGUAAUACGUUACUGAUGUCCUUAGCAACCGCUGACAUACUGAUCGGAACAAUUUCUGUGCCGCUGUAUGUUUAUGUAUCUAUAACAUACGACUACCAAUUGCGGAGAGUUUAUAGGCUCUUUGACAUCAUCUGUGGAGUGUCUUCCGUUCUCAAUCUCACAGUCAUAAGUCUGGAGAGAUGUUACGCUCUGAUUUAUCCCUUAAAGCAUCGCAACAUCAGGAAACGUAUGUCGGGCUAAAUAUUUUUAACCAAUUAGUGUCUUGCUGAAAUUACACAGCCGAGGCUAUUCAUAGGAUGGUGGUGCUAAUGUACUUAAAUGUUUUCCUCCCAGAUUUUAAACACCGUUACUUUAAGAACUUCUCGUUUAGAUACAUUUUGGCAAAAUUGGGCUAACAUAGCUUUCCGCAAAAGGUAUGUAAACGUCACCAAGAGCGGCAAGCAUGGAAAUUCUAAUACCAAUUUCAGCGCCAUUUCCAUAGAACUGAAAUUUCAGAUAAUUGCAAGAUAGGAGCCAUUUUGCUGCCGGCAGCGAUAUCUCUUACAAUAUUGAUAUCCUCUUAUAGAGCUCAUCAAAGCCGAUUUUUUUUGAGGUUUAAUCUUUUCAAAAUACUGUAUCACAGAAAUAUUGAGAUAGAUGUGAUUUUCACUGAGUUUAGCCAUUUUAGUUUAGCACACAGCAGGUUCCCAGCAGAACCAUAUCCCAUAACAUUUACAUUGACUUCGAAAUCUCAACAAAAGCUACGAAAAAGUGACAUAGAAAAAACCCAAGGUGGAAGUUGAAAUCAUUCCCUUGUGUAGCACCGGAUACAUGUAAUGCUGUGGGUUAAGUUGCUCCGCGGAACAAGUUAUUGCUUUCUUGAUACCUUAGUAUAUGCUUUCAAGAGUAACAAGAUAAAAACCAACAAAAAAAACUUUGCAAAAGUUUUGCAACCCACCGUCAUUUUUUCCAACAAGCAGGUAACCAUUACUACCAUGACGUCACCGACAUUUGCCAACAGCAAGGGUAUCAUAUCGUCAAGUAGACCAAUCUGGAGAUUUCUGUGCCAAUAAUUCGAAAAUAACCUUGAUGACCACUGUAUUUUGCAUUUUUGUCAAUACAAUGAGCGUGACGGGGCCUUAAAACCCAGACAUUCGGCAACUCUUGAAACAUGAUCAUGAGAUCGUUAGCAAUUUUCAGAAGGAAAUAUAACAAGGGCCUACCUGUGUGCAAUAUCCCACCACCAUUUUCAGUUGCUACUUAAACAUGGAAACACGAGCGUUUUAAUUUGAACUGACUCGAAUAUAAACCUGCCUUUCUUUAUUUUUGUUGCUUGCAGGUUCGUUGUUAGCCAUAAUCUUUGGUGUAUGGGUUCUAGCUUUAUUCGCUGGAUCAAUGGAAAAGUUUCCUCUCCAGAAGGGUGUGGCAGGUUUAAUAAUAAUCGUGGCAUUUCUCUUCGUUCCACUUAUCGUUAUUUUGGUAGCUUAUUGCAAGAUUUUUCAAAUAGCUAGAGCGCAUGCAAGUCGCGGAGGCAUACGUUCUUUCAAAAAGGUACUACUGUUAAAGAACCUUGACACCAAUUUCAGUGCAUGAAAGGAGUACAAGACUGUUGGUCUGGAAAUUUUAUAAGAAUUGAUCAGACUGGACAGACGUAUCAGGAAUAGCGUACUGUGGGACCCUAACACUCAACUAACCCCUCCCCUUCACCCGUGAAAGCCAAGACACAUCUCCAGGGGUGUUUUGACCGCACCCCCCACUUCCCACUUGAAACAUCCUUGCUUUUGGAAACUUACCUGCACAUUUUUCUCUCGCUUCCCAAGUGUUUACAUGUUAAAGGUUCCAAGAACAAUGAAACUUUUUUCACGCCCAAGUUUUAACGGCUCUGUUUUGGUUUCAGGAGCUGCGUAUUGCUACAACAGUGGCAGUAGUCACUGGUCUUUUUAUCAUUUGUUGGACGCCGUUUUUUGGCAUCAACCUCGCAAACGCACUGUGUUCGUCCUCAAGCAUCGGGUGUGAAGAGCUAGCCAAAAUACCACUAACGUUCAUAGUGCGGAUAACUAAAUGGCUUCAGUACGGGAACUCGGUGCUUAAUCCCAUCGUUUAUGGCCUCCGCAACCACGAAUUUCGGCAAACUUUCCGCAAGAUUUUACUGGGAUGGUGCGGUAAAAAAACGCCAUGGUAUGACAACAGG